AGAUGUAAACAAACAGAGGCAGCAGCCAUUAUUACAGCCGCAGAAGAAGAGUUCACACCGUUUGACCGUUUGGUCCGCUGCCGUCGAAUUAACCGGGGUUUCAGUGAGGCCGUGUGUCAGCGGGGACAUGAGAGACCCGAGUCUCAGCAGCGAGGGCAUCCGCAGCGGCUCCGAGGACGAGCCGUUCGCUGAGUACAUGUGGAUGGAGCACGAGGAGGAGUUCAACCAGCAGGUGGAGGAGGAGCUGUGGGAGGAGGAGUUCAUCGAGCGGUGUUUCCAGGAGAUGCUGGAGGAGGAGGAGCAGCGAGAGUGGUUCAUCCCCUCCAGAGAUCUUCCUCAGCUGCAAGAGCAGGUCGGGCUGCGCGUCCUCGACGCAGACGUCCACGCAGACGCAGACUUCGUGAUCUACAGCAGUCUGAACCCCAACGCCAAGGAGUUCACCCCGGGCAUCGAGAAGCACGUCAUGUGACCCGCCGGGCGCCAAAGUUCAGCCUCGCAUGUGUUCGAAUUACCGUCAGUGACUGCAGUCCACCUGCCUGUCUGACUGCCUGUCUGCCUGAACACCUGUCUGUCUGAAUGACUGACUGCCUGUCUGUCUGCCUGUCUGAACACCUGUCUGUCUGAAUGACUGUCUAUCUGCCUGUCUGAACACCUGCCUG